AUGGAAUCUCUGUUAAAGUGUGUUUUGUGCCGAGGGUCAGGAGAAGACAUCACCACGGGCCCGUUAUCCACUAAAGGAGAAGUGACGGCGCAUCAGAACUGCUUACUGUACUCCUCUGGGCUUUUCUGCCACGAUUCCCCACUUUUUGAUGACUUGUUUGGUUUCUCUGUUAAAAAUGUUCUGUCAGAGAAGCAACGAGGACUCAAACUGACCUGCAGCCAUUGCAAGAAAAAGGGUGCGACUGUGGGCUGUGAAAUCCAAAGGUGCAAGAAGUGUUACCAUUACCCUUGUGCUAUCGAGGCUGGCGCAAAGACAUUUGAGGAUAAGAAGAAGGGGACUUUUGGGAUAUAUUGCCGCUGCUGUUGGGAAAAAAAAUCAUUAAAAUCUGUCCUAACAUCUUCAGAUGAGGAUCAGCCUGGAACCUCUGGUCGGAACCCCAAGAGAAAAUUGGACUUCGGAGACCGGCAAGAAAGAAAAACCCCAUGUAAGAUCAGAAGAAUCCUAUCAUCAAACGAGACAGAAGAUUCUGAUCAGUUUGUGUUGAUAGAUGUGACUGAUGCUGAGGAUCAAAUGGGCUGGCUUCCACCUUUAGACUGUUCGCCUGAAGAAGUGAAUCAAAAUGAACAACGACAGUCAAACAGAAGUCCUUCUCAUGUGAGUGCGGCGAGGACAGAGCAUGAGAAUCAGGAGGCGGAGAUCACAGAGACCGCAGCCACUCCAGUGAAGCACACAGAAACGAACACCACAAGGCAGAACGGCUGGUGUGAAGAAGAGCCCAACACCUCCAUCGACUCUUGUCACUUCUGGAGAGAGUGCGCCUCCGCUGGCUGCGCUCAAGCCAUAUUCCUGGAUUUUAUCAACAAGAUGACGGCUAUAUUCACGCGGAUAACGUCGGGACAGGGCAGCAGACAAGAUUGCGAUGCAGCUUUUAAUGUGAUUAUGGCGUCAGGGAAACUCCAGGAGCUCGUGGCCAAACAACAAACAGAUCUGAGGAAGAAGCUACAGGAACUGCAACGAGCUGAGAGAGCUUUAGACGAAGUGGCGUCGUUCCUCUUGAAAUGA